GAGAUCAGUGUUGACCACCACGCUGUUUCUUCCUUAUUUCAAACUCUUCAUUUGACUGUUGUGCACAGUGUGGCUUAUCUUUCUUCAAUCUUGAAAGCAACUUUAAUGUUGUCUGUUUCAGCGAGGGCUGUGGGUGUUAAAGAUACACUUUUGUGCAAUAACUUUACGUAGUAAAGAAGAUGGCUUUACUGUUCUGCGAUGCCUUUUGGGGUACUGACUUUACCGACCAGUCAGGUUAUGAGGCGAUAUUGCAGAGGUUACAGGAUGGCAGACACAUGUGCAAAGAUGUAGAAGAACUGUUGAAAAUGAGAGCACUUGCGGAGGAGAAGUAUGGACGAGAACUGGUGGCAAUUGCUCGGAAGGCAGAAGGUCAAACCGAGAUCGGAACAUUAAAGGCAUCGUUUGACAAAUUAAAAACAGAGAUUGAGAAGACAGGAAACAUGCACAUCCAACUAUCUGAAAGGAUAAAGGAGGAAGUUCAGAAAAUGGAGGCAUUUCGAGAGCACCAGAGGGAACAGAGGAAAAAGCUUGAAGAGAUUAUUGAAAAACUUCAGAAGCCUAAAAUGCUGUUGCACAAGAAGACCAUGGAUUCAAAAAGGUUGUAUGAUCAGAGGUGUAAGGAGGCAGAAGAGGCUGAACAAGCAGUGGGGAAGAAGACAAAUGUGACCACCUCCACCCACCGGCAAUCAGAAAAGGUGAUGAACAGGGCCCGGUUAUGCAGGCAGGCAGCCAGCCUGGCAGAAAAGCAAUAUAAAUGGAAUGUUGAACAGCUAGAGAAAACUUGCCAGGACUGGGAGAGCACCUACAGGAGUGCAUGUGAGGUGUUUCAGCAGCAGGAGUCUGAGCGCAUUAAUAUCUUGCGCUGUGUGUUAUGGGAUCAUUGCAAUCUGCUGUCUAUGCAGUGUGUCCAGAACGAUGACUGCUAUGAGGAAGUAAGAAAGAUUUUAGAGCAGUGUGACAUUGUCAGUGACAACAACUUCUUCAUUAAAAUGAAAAAGACGGCCUGUCGUCCUCCAGCUCCCAUUGAGUUUCAGAGUUACUCUGACGUGGACGCUAAUGGAGGAGUCGGGAAGGUUGAAACUAAGAGAUUAUCUGUCAUGCUUCCAGGGAUGUCUUUCAGUGGGUACCCUGAAGCAGGCAGUAAUUCGCCUGGAACAUACACAUCUGCUCAACAAACGGAAGGAAAUCCUGAGAAGUACAUGGUGCUAUAUGAUUUUAAAGCUCAGGAAGAUGAUGAGCUGUCUGUCAGUAAAGGACAAGUUGUCACAAUCACUGAGCAAGGCGCGGAUGGGUGGUGGAGAGCGUGGAGGGAUGGAAUAUCCGGGCUGGUUCCUGGAACGUACUUAACCAAAGUCUCCCCACAGAGUUACAGUACACAUCUUGGUGCUGCUCAUUCUGAACAUAAUCCCAUCAAAUAGAGUUUAGUAGUCAUUACACUAAGUCUGUGAAUCAGUUCAGCAUGCCAGUUGAUGUAGAAUGAUUACAUCAAUGUAGCAAUCUAGCAGUACAUUAUACUAGCUCUGUGGAAGACAUUAGUUUUCUUGACAGGAAUAUUUAGAAUUUUUUAACAGUCUUUUAAAAAUCUUUAUAAAUUAUUCUGCUGUUUGUGUAAUGGUUCUGAUCAGUUUUUACUGUGAUGUAUAGUUGUAUUAUUAAUUUUGUAAUAUUGCUAUAAUUUAUUAUAGAUUAUUUGUCUGGUAGAUGCUGUAUUCUGCAUGCAAGUUUACUCAAAAAAGGACAUGCAAAACCCAUAUGCCUCAGCAAUGCAUUAAGAAAUGUAAAUACAUUAAAACCCAUAUUCAGCAUAACUUUAAUGAAAUCAGAAGAAACCUGGUGUUUUGAUUACAUUCUGAUUAAAUUCAAAUGCACACCAAACAAAUACACAGAAAUAUGCACUGGGGCAGAAACAGAAGCUGGGUACAGAAGCUAAACGACAUCCAUGCAUCCAGC